GUAGAUAAAAUUAAAUAGCGCUCACGAGAAGUGACGGAAACAAGUCAUAAAGAUCGCAUACACGUACACGCAUACAUUUGUGACUCUACUAUCAUGGAUUUUGAGGAUAUUAAAGGUGGGGAAUGUUCAUCUUCGAAUCUCUUCAACGUCGUACGUAUACGCGAGAGUGGUUUCUCUCAAGACACGCAGCAUCGACAACGUAAUUCGCCGCGUAAGAGGCUCAAAGUAGCGCGAACGUCAGCAUCACUUAUGAUUGACCAGCUGAAGAGUGUUUUUUGGUAUCCUGGCGAUUUUCUGUCAUACAUACGAAUGCGUCGAAACUGGCGUCCGGAAUUCUUGAUGAGGUAUCUUCGCGAUAAUCGAUGUAGUUGUAACGACAAAUGCGACACGGUAUUACGACAUGAUAAAAGAAAUUUGGUCCCGGAAGUCCCAAAGAUCUAUUCCAUUGGCUUGCAUUGUGGCGCGAGAAAUUUGAGCGACAACGAUUAUCUCUCAAGCUCGUAUGACACGAUAAGCAACUUGAAGAAACGUUUCAAUAUUGAUCGCAGACCUAUGAUCAUAUGCAAAUAUUGGAUCACACAAUCAGCUCCAACAUCAAGCUUAUCAACAGUUGCUAUGUCGCUUAAAGCGCAUACAGAUCGCCAGACAAUGAUAAUCGAUUGUACAGAAUCGAUGGAGAUCAUCCGUAAAUAUAAUCAAACUCAAGAGAGUAAUGAUAAUUCUCAUCAUAAUCAAUUAUAUAAACAUGUUGAAGAGAAAAAAAUUGCAUCAGACAUUUUGCGGAAUGAUCGUGCCAUUGACGAUCACUCUUUUAUACCUGAUGGCAGUAAGGAUCCUUUUAUGAGGAAAGAUCAUAAUUGUGAUAGUUUUCGUAUGACUAGAGAUGCACAAAUUCAAACCUCGAACAAAAAGAAUUUGCGACGCAGAAAAAUUAAGAGAAAAUCGAAGCCUGCUACUGAAAGAAUCUCUUAUCGGAAACAUUACAAUAACGAGCCGCGAAUUGCCACGGAUUUUCGUAUUGGUUCGCAUAGUUCAAGUAGACAAAGCCAUCACGAUGAGCCAUGGCUGCGCGUUCGAGUUCUGGAGAACAAGCGCGCCGAGUAUAUCAAUAAAUUCACGGCCGUGAAUCGGCAGAUAGAGGAGAUAACGGCAACGCUACGAGAUACCUGCUGCAGUGACGAGAGCUCGCGAAAUAAUCUGGAGAAUUGUGAUGAAUACUUUUCAUCAAUAUCCGACGACACGAAAGUAAAUUGGAGUGGCGUCGAAAACAAGUCGACAAUUGUAAGAGAAAAAAAUACGUCGAAAGAAAAGAAUGGUCUGGUAAACAUUAAAAGGAUUAUUGGAGAAUUGAAAAGUGACACAAGUAAAAAUGUGUCCGAGAUUUUGCACGUUAAUAGCAAUAAUAAUGAAAUAGUCUUCUCUGCAAAGGACGUUAUUUCUUCUUCGAGAAAUCCAAACGAUUCUUUCGGACGUGACAUUGUUCGAGCGAUGGAGACAGUUUAUUCUUCAAAUAGGAUUUCUAUACAGAACAAGAAGGCGAAAUAUCAUUUUAUCAAACAACUGUCCCUCGAUCUAGAUGUAAUAAAGAACGAGAACGAUGAGCUUCAGGAAUUCUCUAUCAAAAAUGAAUCCUUUGACAAAGUUUAUCUGAAAAAUAAUUUUACAAUCUUAAAUAAUGAUACGCACAAAAAAGAUUUAGCUGAAAGUCCUAUCGAUUUGAAAGAAUCGAGAUAUUAUAAGAAGACCUUUGAGGAGAAGGUAGGCGAGGUAGCCAUUCUAGAGGACAUCAAGAGAAGAAUCGAUAGAGACUUCGAUGAUCCCCCAGGUGAGAGGAGCGAGAACGACACGGAGGAUUUUUGCACCAUUUCCCGGAAAAGCAGUAAUUUUCGUAACAACGUCAUCGAUGUGCCGUCAGUGACGAUAAUCGAGAAAUCCAAAUCCACGCCGUUGAUCGUCGCAACGAAUCUCGAGCCGACCGAGAUACAAAUUCACGGCUCAAUGUCAGUUGGUGCUAUGAGCGAGUGCUCGAACAAGAAUUCUGCCCUUUCCAAGUACUUCUCCUGCACGCAAAUUCCGAGCUUGGUUUCGUUAACGGAGAACGAGGACGAGCUUGCUGUCAAGACUGUGGAUAACUCCAGUCUCGAUUGUUCGUGUUCCAGCUUCGAAUAUAUCUCGCGUUUCAAUCCAUCCGCGCAAUACACCACUCCGAAUAAAUCUUUAAUUGGAAUGGUAAACAAGUCGGACGACACGUUUGAGGUACCCAAAGGUCGCGAGAGUGUCGCGAAGAAUAGAAUUUGUAAUUGGGAACAUCCUCCUCUUGAGAAGAGCGGAGAGAAAGAAUGGCGAACUGGGAAACGGUAUACGGCCGAUUCCACGUUUGAGACGUCGAAGUCGUCGAGGUACGUCGGUUCGAUAGACUCGGGCGUAUUCAGCUCAUCCCUAAUCGAUCCUUAUCCCGCCGAGAGGUCCUUUUACGCCGGCAAAUCGAAGUUUGAAAAGAAACGUCGCGCCGAGAAACUCGAUGGACCGUCGACUGCCGUUGAUUCCGGCUCGGAUAGUAGUUAUACCAACGACACGCUCGAUCGGAAGGUGAACGACGUCGUGAGAGACCUUACGAAGAAUCUGAUACUUUGCGAGAGGAGGGCGAAAAUGAAGCUGAGAGCGAGAUACACGCGUUACCCUCAAGACAUCCUGUCGCAUGCUUACAAAUUUAGCCGAAACCUCUACGAUACUUGCUGCAACUUCUUCAACUCAUCUCAGUCGUCCACCGAAGACGAGAGAAUCGUCAGUAUCUCCACGCCGUCACUCUUAUCUUUAUCGGAUUCCGAAAUUGAAGAUUAUGAAUCGAGACGUCAACGUCGUUCAAAUUCAAUUCAAAUAUGA